AUGCAGCCAACCUCAACUACGAAUUUCAAACGAGCAUCCACGGAGAGUGUUCAUUCCGCUAGUGAUGACGGAAUACCGUGGCAUGGGGGUAUCGAUGGAGCAAAAUACGAAUCACUGAAUGGUGGCACAACAGCCUUUGACAUGAACGCAUCAGAUCUGUUUGCCAGGCCACGCUCAGAUGAAUGCAAUCGCUCAAUGCUGAAUGGUUAG